AUGAAAGGUCACAUUAUCUUCUCUGGAGCUGCACUCAUUUUUAUAGCAAUCUAUUUGAAGUGUUCAACCACUGGAACAAAAUCCUACAAUGACAAGCAGAAAUCUCUCCUGCUCAUCCAGCAUCACAAUGGUUUGAGACAAGAAAUUUUAAAGCGACACAAGGAUUUGAUCAAAUUCUACAAAUCUUUACGUGGAGAAUUUGGAGUUGAACAUAUACUUCCAGAGGUGGACCCUGACCUGAAUGCAUUGAGUGAGAGGAAUCUCCACGUUCCAACAGACAAGAGAGUUCCAAAAGGAUCUUUGGGAUGUGAGGACCUUGUUCACCUAACAGAAAUAAAUUAUGUAGGGUCUGGAUUUACCAAAUUAGUCUUAAAGGGUACUUUAUUAGAUGGCACAACAGUAGCCCUGAAGUCUGUCCACGCAGAGGGCAACGACAUGAAACAGUGCAUCCAGCUUCAUGGUGACCACGCGGGAUGCCACCGACUGGCCACUUACAAACUUCAAAAAGAAGUGGCUCUCCUACAGAUCCUCCGCCAUCCCGGUAUUAUCCAGCUACACGGACAGUGUUACCAUAAUGGAGCGGCUUCUGACAUCAGGGUCACUGCUAUGCUGGAACUGGGAUCCCCCUUGGAGAUGAUUCAGCUCCUGCAGACCCCCUGGGAAGAGAGAUUUAAAAUUUGCUUAGAAUUGGUACGGCUGUUACAUUACUUGGCCAACUCUCCGCUGGGAUCGCUCGCACUCCUGGAUUUCCAGCCCCAACAGUUUGUCUUGGUGGACGGGAGUUUAAAAGUCACAGAUAUGGAUGAUGCCGCUACGGAGGAACUGACUUGCCUACAAGACGAAGACUGUACCCUUGGCUUUCCCUCCAGGACAUUUGCCAUCAAGUGCUCUGCAGCUGGGACGUGUGCAGGAGCCAACGAAAAGAAAAAUCUGUACAAUGCAUAUAGGUUUUUCUUCACGUAUCUUCUGCCUCACGCUUCACCUCCAGAAUUACAACCAAUGCUAUCGGAUAUCAUGAAUGCCACCGGCAAUUUACGUCUUGGGAUAAAUGAAACCCUGGAAGCUUUUGAAAAUGUUUUGAAUUUGUACAAGUCGGCAAAGAACCCCUUCAGUGAACCAACAUAUCAUAAAGAAUAUAUUGUAUGGGAUGGAUACCGGGUAAAUGAAACUGGAAACAAUUUUACGUGCUGGCCUUCCUAUAACCACCUGGGGUGUCUGCUUUCGGUGCACAGCGCAGACGAAGCUGCCCGAUUCUGUGCUCGCCACGCCAACUGUCGCAGUUUUGUUAUUGGUCAGGAAAAGACAUGGACAGGUCGAUUGCUUGCAUCAUUCACAAGCAGGUCAUUUGAAUUCAUUCCUGAUGUGAACUCACGAGUCUUCAUUAAAAGAUGUAACAGUUCCAGACAGAGAGUGAGGCCCAAUCAGUGUGUAGAUCUUGUAAAGUGA